AUGGCAUAUGACUGGUACAUUGCCAUCUGCAAGCCACUGCAUUAUGGGAUAAUAAUGAGCAGAAGAGCUUGUGUCCAGAUGGCUGCCUGUGCUUGGACUGCUAGUGUCAUCUACUCUGCACUGCACACUGGGAGCACCUUCAGUCUACCCUUCUGCCACUCAAAUACCAUCAACCAGUUCUUCUGUGAAAUACCCCAGCUGCUCAAGCUCUCCUGCUCUGGCACAUACCACAGAGAGCUGGCAGCCCUUGCCUUCAGUGUGUUUUUAGCUCUAGGCUGUUUUGUUUUCAUCGUUGUGUCGUAUGUUCAGAUCUUCACCGCAGUGUGGAGAAUCCCCUCUGAGCAGGGCCGGCAGAAAGCCUUCUCCACCUGCAUUCCUCACCUGAUUGUCGUCUCCCUGUUUAUCUUCACUGGUGCCUUUGCCUACAUGAAACCCACCUCCUACUUCCCAUCCUCUCUAGAUCUUCUGACAGCUGUUCUAUAUUCUGUGGUUCCUCCAAUGGUAAAUCCAUUCAUCUAUAGCAUGAGGAACAAGGAGAUCAAAUGUGCUGUCAGAAAACUGCUCCAAAGGCAGAUGCUCUCCAAGAACAGGAUGUCCCUUUUUACUUUGUGCGUUUGGUUUACUACUUUGUUUCUUUAG